AUGAGCGAGAUCACCGAGUUCAUAGAUGAGAGCUUUGAGAGGGAGAAAAAGACCUCAGGGAGACGCCGCGCCAAGAUUGCCUGCCUGAGCUGCAGGAGGAGAAAAGUCAGAUGCGACGUUCAUCCUCGCGGCAGUCCUUGCACCAAUUGUCGUCUAGACCGCAUCGAGUGCAACCUCCGUGAAAGAAAAAGGGUCUACUCGGCCAGGCGGGGUCGCGAUGCUCAGCAGCGCGUCGAGAAGAACCAUGAUGUAGACCGCUCGGAGUCGCUUCAAGAACGGCACCCUGGAGACGGGUCCUCGGACUCGUCAUCUCCAAGGAGCGAUCCGGACGCAAGCCCUGGUGCAAGGCGCUUAGACCCAUCUCGAAUGAGUCCCCUGAGAGAGCGCAACGUUCCUGCAGCAAGCUCAGCGACACCAGCGUCCACCAGUCUACCAUACUUUCUUCACUGCCGCCUCGACCACCUCAGUUCCUACGAACUGGAUGACCUCCGAGGAAAGGGUUGCUUCAGCUUGCCACAAAAGGCCGUCAUGAAUGCCCUGCUGAACUGCUACUUUGACUUCAUUCAUCCCCAUCUGCCCAUGCUCGAUGAGCAGGAGCUCUGGGAGAUGUACUUGGCUGAGGGCCCUGAAGAGAACCGAUUGUACCACACAGCGAGCCAUAGAAUGAGCCUCAUUCUCUUUCAGGCAAUCCUCUUCGCGGCCACAACCUGCGCUCCGAUUGAAGUCUUGAGAAGAGCUGGAUUCAACUCGCGCUCAGUGGCUCGGAAAGCCAUGUUCGCCAAGGUCCGCGCUUUGUAUGCAAUGGAGCUGGAGCAGGACAGAAUGAUUCUGUUUCAAACCCUGCUUCUCAUGUCAUACUGGAACGAUGAUCCUGGUCAAGACGAAGGCGCGUGGUAUUGGUCAGGUCUUGCUGUCUCGUUAGCCUUCGAGCUCGGUCUACAACGGGAAUCACUUUGCGGUCUGGGCGAAAGACAGAAGACGUUCCGAAAGCGGUGCUGGUGGAGCUGUAUUGUGAGGGAAAGGCUCAUCGCCCUCUCCGAACAGCGAACACCCAGAGUUUUCUCGAAUGAUGGCGACAUACCACCAUUGACGCUUGCAGACUACAACGUCGGGUUGCGAUCCAAGUUGAGCAGUCUCUCAGCUGGAGAGGAGCUCGGCAAGAGAGUCGCUCUGUCUAUGUUCUCUAUCCAGCUGAUACGGCUCUUCCUGAACAUCGACAGAGGGCGGCAUUUCCCUGAAGGAACCGCUGAGUCUCCUCAGUGUGCCGAAGAAACGUGGGCGAGAUGUAAACCUGCAAGGCAAGAGCAGUCCAGCAGGCCCGAGCUGGGCAUGCUCAAUCACUGGAAGUUGAAUCUGCCCGAAGUUCUGCAACGUUCGACGGGUCCUGAAGCGGACGACUCCGUCCUGUUGUCUAUCCUAGUGCAUAAAAACGCACUUCAUAUUUACUUUCGCCGGAUCUUGUCAUCAAUCUGCAUAUCACGGCUUCAAGCUUCUGACUCGGACAUACAAGAGGUUACCUUGAACCAUGAUAUCGUUGCCGAGUCAUCACAAGUGCUCGUGAGAUUGCGCGACGAGUUGAUGGAUCACGACGCGCUCCAUUUUCUACCCAGAGAGUGCCUUGAGAUGACCUAUCAAGGAGCAGAUACUCUAACAAAAUCCACGAUGAGACUAAAUAAGAAUGAGAGGGAUAGUCUACGUCCGCGAAUAGAGGCUCGGAAGGGUGAGGCAGAACAGACUAAAGCAACAGGUUCGACAAUGGGAGAUCUGGGAGAUUGGCACAUAGCAUAUUCCAUCGGCAGCUACGAGGAACCUUUUGUGGAUAUUCCCGGUCUCUCUGCGGAUGGAUCAAGCAUUGGGACGUCGCAGGACAUGGCGUUAUCACCCUCUGAGCUCCUGAGCUUUGACGCUCUGAUGAUGGGCGGGAUGUUAGAGCCAUUGAAAGAGUAG